AUGAGGCUCCCUCUCAUUGGUGUGACAAUCAGCCUUCUCUCAUACUCCGCGGGGGUUGCUGCUCAGACCUUUACGGACUGCAAUCCACUCGAGAAGACCUGUCCCCCCAAGCCAGCGUUCGGACGGUCCGCUACCUUCGAUUUCACCGACGGUCACUCUGACGAAUUCGCCGACGUGGGUACGCCCAACUACGACUCCAAUGGUGCUGGCUUUACUGUGGCCAAGCAGGGUGAUGCCCCGUUAAUCCAGUCCAAGUGGUAUAUUAUGUUUGGUCGGGUUGAAGCAGUGAUCAAGACUGCUCCCGGAACGGGCAUUGUCAGCAGUGCCGUUUUGCAAUCGGACGAUUUGGACGAGAUUGAUUGGGAAUGGCUUGGAGUCAACGAUCUCUAUGUGCAGACCAACUACUUCGGCAAGGGAAACACUGGUAGCUACAACCGUGGAGCCACCCACGACAACCGGAACAACCACGACGAAUUUCACACCUACACCAUCGACUGGACGAGCAAGCAGAUCAUCUGGCAAAUCGAUGGUCAGACUGUUCGUUCUCUUACUCCGGACGAUGCUCCCGACGACCAGUACCCUCAGUCACCCAUGAUGGUCAAGAUCGGAGUCUGGGCUGGCGGUGACCCUAACAACGCUGACGGCACAAUUCAAUGGGCUGGCGGCGAGACGGACUAUAGCGCUGGUCCUUACACCAUGUACCUCAAGUCACUCAAGGUGACUGACUAUUCCACCGGGAGCUCGUACGCUUACGGUGACAAGAGCGGCUCGUGGGAGUCCAUUGUCGCCGAAGGAGGCCAGGUCGAAGGCAACAGUGCCGCGCCUCAAUCCACCGUGGCUGCUCCCCCCGUGACUUCAACUGUCGAAAACAUCCCUAUUCCCUGGAGUGGAACGCACCGUGAAACGUCGAGCUUUGUGACUCCGAGCAUCUGGCCUUGGGUUCCUACCCCGACCACACUGGUUUCUUCGACCUCGGAAUCGACGUCGCUGCCUAGCGGUUGGACCUUCUCAGGAUCCGGAUCUGUCCAGCCGCCCAGCACGUCUUCUGUGAUCUUUGGUCCGGUCUACCUCUGCUUCGUCGCUCUCCUCGCCGGUGCCGCUUUCCCCCUCUGGUACUGA